ACCACCACCACGGUAGAAUUUGUUUAUCUUCGUUCCGAACGAUUUUCCCUUCCCAGUUUAGUAUUUAUUUUUACUAAUUAUUUAAUUAAUUACAUUGUCUACCCGAUUGAAACCCAUGCAGAGACCGAGAUGAGCUCCAAAGACAAGGAAACGAAAACGAUGGACAAACUCCGACAGCUAUUUAGAAUAAAAGCAGGUCCCCAGGGUAGUUUCCGUAUUAAAGAGGAUUUCAUUUUGACGGUGGAUAUGGAAAAAGACCUAUCUUCAGAUUCUCCGCUCAACGUCAGAAUAAAAACCAUCAAAGAAUUGACUGAUGUUGUACUGAAUCAGAGAUUGGAAGAUAAUGCUGCAGAAAGGCUAUGGGCAUUGCUCAAAGACCUCCUCGCGGAGAACGUCUCCAGAGAGAAUCGACACUUGGUGUUCAACUUCUUCCGAUCCUUGGUACAAGGACAAAACGAAAGGAUCGGGCUGAUGAGGGCUGAGUUUUUUAAGUUGAUCAAAAAUCACAACAUACCAGAAGACAUCGGACAGAGGUUAGAUUUGCUUCAAAGUUUAACUGACAAAGGCAAAUAUAUUCUCUAUAUCGAGGAAGAAGUCGGCGGUUUCAUGUUGAAUUGGAUGCCUGCGAUAACAGUAGCAAAACGUGAACUCGAUUUCCUUAAAAUAUUGAUAAAUCUUAUUAAAUAUAAUGCAUCUUAUAUUGAUGAGGAUAUCAUAACAGGGAUAGUUCAGAGUAUAUGUUUUCUCUGCUGUCAAAGCGAUGAUCAAAACGUUGUUUUACAAUGUCUUCAAGUUCUCGAUACGAUCGUCUGCUAUACAAAUUUACCAUGUGAAUCACUUCCACCUUUUAUAGAAAUACUAUGUAGGACUGUGAAUCUUGAAAUAUACUGCCCUUCUAGUUGGAAAAUCAUGCGUAACCUUCUUGGUACACAUUUAGGGCAUUCAUCGUUAUACACAAUGAGCAAAAUAUUGAAAAGUGAUGCUUCACUAACCGAUUGUGGACUUUUGAGGGGUGCAAUAUUUUACAUUAGUAUGGCGCUUUGGGGCGAUAGAAAAGUUCUUUCAUUGAAAUGUACUGCGACAUCUAUUCUACCAUCUUUUUACGCUGCACUCCGAUGUAAACAUACAUUAGUCAUGUUUGAAAUAAUGUUGAGUAUACAAAACUUAGUGAACAAACAUGGAAAUGAGCUACUUGAUCCUGCAUGGUGUGUUGUAUUAGAUAUAAUCAAUGAUGUAAUCGGUCAUAUUGAGGAAACUCCGCCUAGCCAAUCUCUAAAUCAAGUUAAUUGCCAUCUCCAUGAAACGUUGAAUUCAAUUGAGCAGUUAAUAGAAACAGGGAUGUUUAACGGUUGUGUCCGAACAGUUUUUGAUAUAAUCGAAAGAUGCUCAUCUAUUAGACCUGAAAGCUCAGUACAGAGACUUAUUAGUUACUUAGCGGCGACUAUCACGCCCGCUCGAAAUAAAUGGCUCGACCAAUUGGAUUGCCUUUUGAUUAGAUUUUACACGCAGGAAAAGAGAACAGUUAUUCGUUUGAAUGUUUUGAGCAUAUUAGCGAACGUCGUUGAGACCAAUCGGCGUCUGUUUGAAAAAGAACUUGUGGCGAUUGUGUUAAAGCAUUUAUACAAUGUAUCUGACGAAAAUGACAGGAGUGUUCGAACGUCUGCUGCGAAACUGCUUGUUGACCUCUUCCUCAACUGUGAACCAAAGAGAUCUCUUGAAAUUAUCGCUGUGCUGGAAAAGCUUUUAAAUCGAGCAUUUGAUCAUGAGGAAAAUGCAAAAGGUGAAGAAGAUGCUGAAGACAUCAAAGUGACUACACACGGCCUGGUUCGAGGUCUGACACAUUUCAUGUACUUCCAUCCUCCAACUCCGGCAAUACGAGCUUUCACACUGAUAACAUCUCAUCUGGAAACUCAUUAUUCAAACCCAGCCCGUUUAAGCAAAGUCACAACAAUUCGUAGCAUGAUGCUGGAGUGCCUUUUAAGGCUGAGGGCAGACUCUCAUUAUAGAGUUGGCCUUGCCGGACACAAUCCUCCGUACAGUAUGUUUUUAAUGGCGCAUAAUUCAAUUACAUCCAAUAUCAACAAUACAUCAGGAGAUCUUCUUUACACACUCCCAAUCACAUUAGCCAUAAAGGCAAUAAUUAAAGCUUUCCGGCAUGAAUUGGAUUGGAAGGUAAUGUUGUUGCUAUUGCAAGAAGUAUCGAAUCUUUUAAAAAAUCGUGCAUUGCUCGUGUCAAAACAUUCUUCGGAUGUUGAUAUUAUCGCUAACGCCCUUUGUGGAAUGGUUUGUGAGAAGAGCCUUAAUUUACCUGAGAGGUUGAAAAAUACUCCACCAAAAUUUACAAGAACGGAUUUUCAUAAUUACGUAUUUCCUGUCUUGGCUUCACUAGUCUCUUAUCAUGCAUAUUUAGAACCGACAUUGCAACAAAGGCUGAUUAAAUGUCUUGAAUUUGGAUUGGCAUCAAGAUCUGCUCGCCAGUGCGUCAUCGCUUUGACGAUAUGCAUUUUAGAAAUGAGAGAUGCCAUGGUGAAGUUAUUGCCAGAAGUACUUCUUAACCUUUCCAAAAUCUCCGCUACUGUCCACAUAGCUAUACCAAUUUUGGAAUUUCUCUCAACUUUGACCCAAUUGCCUAAAGUGUUUGCAAACUUUGUCGGUGAUCAGUACAUGUCUGUGUUUGCGAUAUCAUUGCCUUAUACAAAUCCAUUCCGAUAUAACCACUACACUGUUUCUUUAGCACAUCAUGUAAUUGCAGCUUGGUUUCUCAAGUGCCGUCUCCCUUUUCGAAGAGAUUUUGUCAAGUUCAUUACAACAGGUUUAAAAGCCAAUUUGAUACCGUUUGAAGAAGGUCAUUUAACAGCAACAAAACCAGAAAUAAUAAAUGAAGAUUCUUCGAAUAGGAAGAGGAGUUCUAGCCUUACAGAACAAGGAAGUAGAAAACCAGGCACACCACCUGUUUCUGCAAGGAUAGAUCUUAAACCACAUACAAACAAUACACUCACAGGAGCCUUUCAUAAAGAACUAACGGAAACAUGCCUAGAUUUAAUGGCAAUGUAUACAUUUUCAACAUGUUCCCCUCUUCCUAGAAGGCAAAGUACAGCAGAAUUGUUACUCAAUGGAGGGCAGAGUAUGAAAUGGCUGUUAGGAAAUAAAUUAAUAACAGUUACAACAAGCGGUUGUACACUAAAAGCCUUAAAACAUGGAUUAUGCGACCGCUGUUUUCAAGUCUGUCGGAUUCAGACAGAGCCCAGUUUCUCACCGGAAACAGAUGACAAGAAGCAGAAAAAGACUGAAAACAAGAGCACAGAGAGUAUACCUUCAAGCAAUUCUACUGCUCCAAAUACUCCAGAUGAAGAAAAACCUGCCUUUAGCGAAUCAGACACAAAAAUGGAACAUCUCAUAUAUGGUGCGGAAAAAAAUGAAAGGCAAGUUUGUAGUUGUUGGUGCAAAGGAUGGGCGGAAAUUCAUAUUCGUAGGCCUACUGGUUCGAUGUCUUGGGCUAUGAGGCUUCAAAAUGAGCCCCAUUCUGCGCAGAUGAAGGAUUUUACAAAUUCUGACAUAUCCACACUUUUCCUACCUUCUUUUGCAUCUAAAAAUAGCGAAAACCAGGCUGCAUUGAAAGCUGGCAAAAGGGUUGGUUCCGAACCCGUCAGCAUACCGUGUUCUCCAGUCCGAAGAAAUCUACAUCAGGAAAAUGAUGAUUUUGACUAUAUGACAGAAGAUGGCACUGGUAGAAGUCGAAAUCCUGUGAGACGAUCUAAUUCAAGCCCGGACAUGAGUUCCAAUUGGAAAAAUCCCAUUUUAAGCGUGGAUGAUUCAGAAUUAGGAGAAAAUAAAAAGAAGCAGACUUAUACUAAAGAUAUGAGAGUAAAUUGUGAAGCCAUUCCUGAAGAAAUGGGCACUACACCACCUACAUCUGAUGCUUUACUUCUUGCACAGAGUGAUGUGACUGACGCAAAACCUCCUGUUCCUACAUCACCAAGAAUAAUCCCAAGAGAAAUAGAGCCAAGAGGUGUUGACCCUUCAGGUUUACCCCCACUUGCCUUUCGUGACAGAGGGCACACAAUUUCUGUGAUGAGUCCUGUAAAGAAGCCAACCCAAUGGGAUCUUGCACCUAAAAGUCCAAAGCCCAAAAAUACACCUCAUCAUCGAUCUGGUGUAAAUCCUUCGUUCGUCUUCCUUCAACUUUACCAUUCAGCUCAUUUUGGUGAUUCUUAUGAAAAACCGCUGCUUGUUACCAAUUCUAAUUCGGUCCAGUCGACGAUGAAGAAUCUAGACUGGGUUCCGCCUUAUGAAGUGCACAAAGUCGGUGUUCUUUAUGUCGGCCCUGGUCAAGCAAAUUCUGAAAUUGAUAUACUUAGAAACGAAUACGGCUCUCCAAGAUAUGUUGAAUUUCUUCAGCGGUUAGGCACUCUUAUCGAUUUAGCAGAAGCUGAUAGACAACAAGUCUUCCUUGGAGGAUUGCAGACAGACGGGAAAGAUGGAAAAUUUGCUUAUAUCUGGCAAGAUGACGUUAUGCAGGUCAUAUUUCAUGUCGCUACCCUGAUGCCAAAUUCGCCAACUGAUCUGAACGCUACUUCAAAGAAACUCCACAUAGGAAAUAAUUUUGUUACCAUAGUUUAUAAUGAUAGUGGUGAAGAGUAUAACUUCCAAACUGUUAAGGCUCAAUUUAAUUAUGCAGUCGUUGUGGUCGAACCUUUGGAGCAUGGGACGAAUCAGGUUAUUGUCAAAGCGAAAGAAGAAGUGGUUCAGCACAUCUGCCAUACAGAAUAUAAAAUAAUAUCGGAUCAGAGCGUAGCAAUUUUGGCUCGCCAAUUGGCACUUCAUUCUAACUUGGCAUCGAUGAUAUCGUCUAAACAGAAUUUAGACCCUAGAGAAUCCUAUGCUUCCAAUUGGUUAGAAAGGCUCAGGCUCAUUAAAAGGAUACACACUAAACUACAACAAGAAGCUGUGAUAGGUGAAGACCGUGCUCAUUCUAGACACGGGGCAAGGAGAAGUCAUUUGGAUGAUUUUACAGAAUAUACAUAGCCUGUUAAAUCAUUAAAUCGUUCCAAUUUUGAAAAUUCUUUCGAGAAUUUUGUGUCAUGAGAUUUUACCUAAUGUCUUUAAUGUUCCAUAAUGGAAAGUUAACAUUUUGUAAUAUAUUAAACUGUUAUUUUGAUCUUUUUUUUAAUAAAUGUAUAUAGUUGAGUGUUAAUGAA